AUGAGCUCUAUAGAAUUCCUAGGAGAAGGUGCAUCAUUGGCAAGGCCCCCUGCAUUUAAUUGGGCUGCCUACAUGUAUUGGAAAGAGAGGAUGUUAAUUUUUCUUGAAGCAUGUAGUCUUGAUAUUCUAGAAGCAGUAAUAGAUGGUCCCUUUGUGCCAACCAUAGCUGGCACAUGUGAUUCAUCAAUCCCAAAACCCAUAUCAGAUUGGGUGUCUAACUGCAAAACUGCCAAGGAGAUGUGGGACACAUUGCAACAAACGCAUGAAGGAACAACAGAUGUAAAAAGAGCCCAAAUCAACAUGCUAAUGCAUGAGUAUGAGCUGUUCAACAUGAAGAAAGAGGAGUCCGUUAAUGAUAUGCAGACAAGAUUUACUCACAUAAUCAUUGCCAUAGCAGAAUCAAAAGACCUUGGUAGCAUGUCAAUUGCCACAUUAUUUGGAAAACUAAGAGAGCAUGAGAUGGAACUGCAUAGACUGAGUGAGGCUGAACAGACUGACAGAAAAAGAAAAUGGCUGUCUUUAAAAGCCCAAGCACAUCAAACAAAAUCCGAACAAGAGAUCUGCACUGACGAUUCAAACAAUGGAGGAUAUGUUAAAUACGAUGACAAUAACAAAGGUAAGAUACUCGGUAUUGGAGACAUAGGAAACGAAUCUACUACGGUGAUUAAAGACGUUCUUUAUGUAAAGGAUUUAAAGCACAAUUUGAUUAGUAUAAGUCAACUCUGUGAUAAGGGAUUUCAGAAGGUUCGCAACAUUCAGAUCCACGUUUUCAACGGUUGGAUCGGCGAAAUAACGUCCAGAGAGGGAGAAAUCGUGCUCGCACAACAGCAGGUUGUGAAAUGA